AUGAUUAGGCACAUAAUCGAGGAUGGUUGCGCCGGCACCAGCAUCCCGCUACCCAACGUCACUGCCAAGAUCCUCUCGAAGGUGAUCGAAGCGUUCCACGCUGAGUUCGUCAAAGAAAAUCAAGGAAUACUCUUGGACCUCAUCAUGGUAGCUGCGAACUACCUAGACAUCAAGAUCCUUCUCGAGCUCACGUGCCAAACUGUAGCGGAUAUGAUCAAGGGAAAAACUCCUGAGGAAAUCCGCAAGACUUUAACAUAA